CGAAAAUGUCUACCAAACUCGACGUGCAAAAUCCUUACCAAAAACCCGGUAGAUUAUUCGAUCUCCCCUAUGUUCUACAACUAGGGGCCGGGCCCACGAAUUGUACCAUCGAAACUUUAAAUAUUUUGGGCAGUCAACCUUUAACUCCGAUAUCCAACAAAAUUUUUGAGAUUAUGAAUGAUAUACAAUCCAUGCUAAGGUACUUGUACCAAACGAAGAACCCAUGUACGUUGGUGGCGCAAACUUCUGGCACUGGAGGAAAUGAAACCAUGGUUAUUAAUUUGACAGAUCCGGGGGAAACUGUUGUAGUAGCAUGUACCGGCUCCUGGGGGAUAAGAGUUGCUGAUAUGGCCAGAAGAUAUAAAUUGAAUGUGAUAGAAUUGGUAGCAGGUCCUGGGGAAGUAUUUUCCUUUGAGGAACUUGAAGAAGUUUUGAUAAAAAAUAAACCAGUGGUUUUGUUUAUGACCCAUGGAGAAUCAUCAGGAGGAACUUUACAACCUUUGGACGGACUUGGUGACAUAUGCCAUAAGCAUAACUGUCUACUAGCAGUGGACGCUGUAGUAUCUGUGGGUGUAGCUCCAAUUUUCGUGGAUCGUUGGGGUAUAGAUGCCAUUAAUGGAGGCUCUCAGAAAGGAUUAGGGGCUCCUCCCGGAAUGUGUUUACUUUCAUUCAGCCCUAGAGCUUAUGAGAAAAUUGUGUCAAAAAAACAUCCACCUCCUCAGAUUUUGGACGUUCAAUUAUUGGCUUCAGUGUGGGCUUGUUUUAACAAGCAAAGAGGAUACGUUUAUACUUACAGCAGUAACAUGCUAGCUGCGGUUAGACAAGCGUUAGUUCAUAUAUGUGAAGAGGGUCUGCAAAAUGUUUGGAAGCGACAUAAGGAAAGCAACGAAUUAUUGGUGGAACUAUCCAUAAAAGAGUUGAAUUGUACCCACUUCGUUAAAAAAAUUGAAAAUCGCUUUGCAGGAGUAAAUUGUCUUGUAUUGCCUGAGGAUGUAAAAUGGAGAAUAGUUUAUCAAUACUGUCUGGAAAAAUAUAGAGCCGAAAUAAGCUUUGGCAUAGGCCCAACAGCAAAUAAAAGCAUACGCGUGGGCCUCUUAGCUCUUAACGCAACUCCUGAAACCGCAAGAUACGUCAUCAAUAUGCUAAAAGAUGCUUUCGAUUAUGCCAGAAAUAAUGUAAACGCUCCUACUGAUAUUGAGUUUUUUGAUGGCAGAUAAUGUAAAAUAAUGAAUAUUAAAGUAAAUUAAUGUUA